GAGGAGGAGAAAGAAAGACAGACAGACAGAAACCCAGCCCAGCAAACCCCCUGAAUCCUUUCCUGUUGCCUUCUUCUAAGACAUUCAGAUUCCUUCAGACCCUUCAGAGAGGCUGAAGUUUUCUCAGCUCUACUGCCGCUGUCCCUGAGGCUUCAUUGAAAGAUGCAGGCUUGGAUUUUCUUCCUCCUCUGCCUGGCUGGGAAAGCCCUGGCAGCACCGCAGGAAGAUGCACCAGAUGAGAUGUAUGUAGUAGCUGACGAUCCUGUAACAGAGGAACCGAUAGGAGUUAACCCAGUUCAGGUGGAGGUUGGCGAAUUUGAAGAGCCCACUGGGGACGUGGGGGAGGUGGCUCCUGAACAUCCCUGCCGGAACUAUCACUGCAAGCAUGGCAAAGUCUGUGAAGUAGAUGAAGAAAACAACCCUAUGUGUGUGUGCCAAAGUCCUUCCAGCUGCCCACCCAGCACUGCAGUCUUUGAGAAGGUAUGUGGUACUGACAACAAGACCUAUGAUACCUCCUGUCACUUCUUUGCCACCAAAUGCACUUUGGAAGGAACCAAGAAGGGACACAAGCUCCACCUGGACUACAUUGGACCUUGCAAAUUAAUUCCUGACUGCCAUGAUGCUGAGCUGGGUGAAUUCCCUCUGCGUAUGCGUGACUGGCUGAAGAACGUACUGGUCACCUUGUAUGAGCGUGACGAAAACAACAACCUGCUGACUGAGAAGCAGAAACUCAGGGUGAAGAAGAUCCAUGAGAAUGAAAAGCGCCUGGAAGCUGGUGACCACACUGUGGAGCUGUUGGCUCAUGACUUUGAAAAGAACUACAACAUGUACAUCUUCCCUGUGCAUUGGCAAUUUGGUCAGCUUGACCAGCAUCCUGUUGAUGGGUACCUGUCCCACACUGAGCUGGCCCCAUUGAGAGCUCCUCUUAUCCCCAUGGAACAUUGCACCACUCGCUUCUUUGAGACUUGUGAUCUAGAUGCCGACAAGUACAUUGCCCUGGAGGAAUGGGCCAGCUGCUUUGGCAUUAAGGAGAAGGAUAUUGACAAGGAUCUUGUGAUCUAAAUUCAGCAGCUUCCUCAUCUGUUACCAAUAAUUCCAUGUUUUCUUUCAUUUUUUAACAGUUUGGGGUUUUUUGUUUGUUUUGUUUUACUGGGGACAAGGUGCUAAUAUAGAUCUAAACAUAUAUAUUAACGGUGCUAAAAAAAGAGACAGAAAUUUGUUGUUAGUAGCCUAAUCUUUACCACUAGAUUACCCUGCUCAUGCCUGUGUGUUUCCUUCAGGCCUUUGAUUUGAUCAUAUCAGUACAGUGACAAUUCUGUUUCUGUUUUAAGUUAUCUGCAUCUUCUGACCCACUCAUUUGCUGUUUUUAAAAAAUCCUUAAUAUGGUUUUGGCUAUUUAACUCUCAAGCUAAAGUAUCCCAGACCAAUCAACUCCCUAAUUUCUAGAAGACAAGUAAGGGAAGGUGUACCAAAAAGUGUGUUGAGAGAUUGGGCUUUCCAAAGCCAAGUGAUGCAAUUGUUCAUGAAAAGUUUAGAUGACUUGGAUUUUAUUCACUAGGAGGAUGGAAAGAGAGGGCAGUGAACAAAGAGUGCAAAAUCUAGAAGGGCAACUUUAUAAAUUCCAUGCUUUUUGAAUGUAGCAAAAUUGGACACAAGCUUGCACAAAAGGAAUGAUUAGAGGAAGAGAGAGCAAUCAAGAUGUAUGAAAAAACAGUCUUGUACAACCCCCCCUCUAAAAAUAAAAUGUUAAAAAUG